AUGUGGGGAACAGAUAUUGAUGAGUGUGCAAACAAGGAUGUACCCCCGUGCUCUGAGUCUGAGGUUUGUUACAAUACACAAGGAAGUUAUCGGUGUUUAUGCCCAAACGGUACACAUGGCGAACAUUAUAAUGGAACUUGCUACCAGAGCUACCAGAGCUACCAGAGCCAGAAACUUCCGCUAGCAGUGAAACUAGUUACAGGCAUUUGCGUCAGCCUCCUCAUUAUUGUAAUUAUAGUGUUAUGUAUUCAUAUUAUAUUGGAAAGACGAAAGCUUAUAAAAUUUAAGGAGGAGAACUUCCGACAACAUGGAGGCUUGCUACUAUUGGAAGAAAUCGGAAAGCGACAAGGAGUUGCAUUUAAGAUGUUUACAGAAGAAGACCUCGAACAAGCAACGAAUAAGUUUCACAAGAAUAACAUCAUAGGGCACGGAAGCUACGGCACAGUAUAUAAGGGAAUUCUCAAAGACAAUCGCGUCGUAGCGAUAAAGAGAGCUAAAAUUAUUAACGAGAGACAGAAGAAAGAAUUCGGAAAAGAGAUGCUUAUUCUUUCCCAGAUCAAUCAUAAAAACGUUGUUAAGCUCCUUGGAUGUUGUUUAGAGGUGGAAGUUCCAAUGUUGGUGUAUGAAUAUAUUUCCAGUGGGACCCUAUUCCAGUUGAUUCAUGGCAUCGGUCAUAGAAUCUAUAUAUCUUUGGAGACUCGUUUGAAAAUAGCUCUCGAGUCUGCGGAAGCACUUGCAUACUUACACUCAUCAGCGUCUCCUCCGAUAAUUCAUGGAGAUGUUAAGUCCUCAAACAUCCUUUUGGAUGAUCAUUUAAUGGCAAAGGUCUCCGAUUUCGGAGCUUCUAUGCUUGCUCCUAAGGAUGAAAAACAGUUUGUCACAUUGGUGCAAGGUACUUGUGGUUAUUUAGACCCAGAAUACCUACAGACAUGUCAGUUGAUUGAUAAGAGUGAUGUUUAUAGUUUUGGUGUGGUUCUUUUGGAGCUCCUCACUGGUAAGAAAGCACUUCGUUUUGAAGGAACUGAAAUAGAGACGAGCCUUUCAUCAAACUUUUUAUCUGCUAUGAAGGAGGGUCGCUUCAGCGAACUUCUUGAUGAUCAGAUUAAGUAUGAUGAAGAGGUGGAAAGGAUCAAUGAAACUGCCGAACUAGCAAAAGCUUGCUUAAAUGUCAAGGGGGAAGACAGGCCCUCAAUGAAGGAAAUAGUGGAGGAGCUUGACAGACUCAAAAAAAUGAAGCAACAUCCCUGGGAACAACAUAACGAUGCAGAGAUAGAAAGUUUGCUUGACAAUCCCUCAAGCUACUGUGAGGAAGAAAACACCGGUUUUUACAGUUUAGAGAAGAAAGCUAUGCUAAGCAUGGAACCUGGACGUUGAUGCUAUAUAUAUAGAGAGAGAGAGAGAGAGAAGAGACACAGAGAGAGAGAGAGUCUGGCAUGUGUACUUUAUAUGAUGAUCUCCGUGCUAUCAAGUCAUUUUUGGUGUCAGGACUUCCAAAUCGACGAUCGGCUCUGUUAAGCUUGAUCUGGAGUAUUGAAAUUACCUAGAAAAUAACU